GGGACCGGCCGGAGCGCAGUGACCAGAGGACCAUCCUGGCAAAGCCCCGGGACAGAGAAGGACCUGGCAGGUCCCUGGUGCCGUGCUGCGGUCUUCAGGUGUUCUCGACCCUGCUCGCCUUGUUGCUGGUGGAGUUGAGGGACGUGCUUGUCCCCGGAGGGUCCUGCUGUCCCCUCGGUGGCACCAGGAUGGCGGAAGCUCUUCAGGAUGCAGGCGAAGACUCAACUGCUGCAAUGAUGCCAUCGCAGCAGAGAGUGGAGGAAGGGACCGGUUUUAGCCUCAAGUGCAUUAAAGACAAAAAGGUCCCCAUCGGGGUCACUGUGGUCAUAGCAGCUUUGCUUCUCACCAUAAUCGCGCUGGCAGCUAAGAAAUGCCCGUCCUGUCCAUCCUGUUCCUCUCCUGUGCUUCUCAGCUGCCUGGAAAAUGGGAUCAGGUACAGGGAGAAGUGCUUUUACUUUGUGGAGGAUGAAGCAGACUGGAACAGGAGUCAGAUCUCUUGCCUUUCUCUCGGAGCCCAUUUGGCCACCAUCGACACCCAGGAGGAGCUGCACUUCCUCUUGCGCUAUGGGAGUUCCUUGCAUUACUGGAUCGGUCUCCACAGGGAAGGCUCUGGACCUUGGAAAUGGUCCAACGGGUCUCUCUUCAGCAACCGGUUCGAGGUCCGGGGCAAGGGCCAAUGUGCCUAUAUCGAUGCUGACGGGAUCAGCAGCGACUGGUGCUCCCAGAUGAAAUACUCUGUCUGCAGCCACCCACAAAAGCACCCUAGCAGGAUUCAGAAAUCCUGAAUUUCACCUGAAAUUUCCCCGUUGGCAGAGAAGAUCAACCACAAGCUGCUAUUAACCCUACACAACAUGGUAGUGAGUGUCCCAAUGGUACAGUUUUGUUUUAAUUUUAGCUUACAGAAGCAGAAACUCCUCAUGACAAUGACACAGAGCCGUCACCAAGGGAUCCUUACUUUAGUCUGACCACUAGAGUCUUUCCAGCUUUUGUGGACUUGGGAAUAUCCAAGAGGUUUGGAAAACUCUCUGCUUUGCUGGCAGGUGCUGUGCUGCAAAGCUCAGUCAUGCUGGUUUUGGUGUAUUUGUUUUUUGGUGGAUUUGGAGGAGCUGGAGGUGAGGGGCAGAAAUGCAAAGUGGAGAAAUGAAACAGAAUUGCUUUGGAGUCCACCCUGGCCAACGCUUGGGAGAAGACCCCAGCCUCAACAGGGAGCCACCGAACCGCUGCUCUGGGAUGUGUUUUGGCGUCCUGGUGAGAUGCCUGGUACCGAGUCUGUCCCCGUUGUUCCUCGUGUCAUUGUGAGAGACUGAAAGCGUUAAUGUCUCAAAGAAGUUGUGGUGGGGCAAGUUCUGCCUAGCCAUGAACUCUGCUGAGGCUCAAACUCUGCCUAGCAAGAGCCACAUGUGAAAAGGAGCCGUUCAGCACCGGACAUCAGCAACAGGAGGGGGAGGGCAUGCUGUAGGGUGCACAGCUCCCUGUUCGGAUAACGCUGUUUUGGGUACGCUGAGCAGAACAGCUCACCGUGCAUGGGAAAAGAUCACGUCUGCAGGGAGGGGGAAGCUACUCCCCAGAUGACCCCCAAGCCCAAAGGCUCACAAACUGAUCAGGACACCUAAUUAGCUUGAUGAGUUCGAGUGCCCGCCCAAAGGAGGGGCAAAGAUGAUAAAAGGGCACAAACUGAAGCCCCACAGGCGCAAGCCUGCCACAACUGGACCUCUUGGCCGACUGAACCAAGGUGGGAUCCAGGACCGAGGGUAUCUUUCUCUCUUCCUUUUUCUCCUCCUGUCUCAUUCUCUCUUUUUCCUUUUCUCUCCUUAUUCCCUGAAUUGCUGUAUAUGGUUACCACGGGUUACACAGUUUACUGAGGUAGUUCCAUGCCUAUUCCUGUUGGGAGAGAGCACACCGCCUGCUGUUAGGCCUCCCAAAUUCAGUUUGCUUCUGUCAUAAAUAAAACGUUCAACUGAU